AAAAGUAAAUUGUUGUCUUUGGUUGUAAAAUAAAGAUGGAAGGUGCAAGCGUUGAGGCCGGUGGGAAAAAUCAUUUACAAAAUGUUUUAUCAGAAACGGAAAUCUCUUCUUUACCCAACCAGGUCGCGGAUAAAAUAAAUUCCUAUAUUGAUCAAAAGUUCGAAGAGUAUUUGACUUCCAAAGCUCUUCAUGAAACCAGUAAAACGCAAAUAGGUGACAAAAUAGCAGCUUCAGAAACUACAAUUCUCGAACUUACAGCAAAAUAUGAAGAUGCCGCAAAAAAGUUACUGACAGCCGAAGAGACUGUCACUGAAUUGGGAAAGCAGGUUGAAGCUCUAAAUGGCGAACUUGAAAAAGCUCGCGAUAAAAUCUGUCGAUUGGAAAAUGAAGUCAUAUCCAUCAAGAGCGGGAGAGAUGCAGCUGUGGAUGAAAGAAACGACCUGACGCGGAUUCUGCAAAGGCGAGAUGCUGAAAUUGAAAGGUUGACAGCAAGUGAAGCCGCGCUCUCACAGCAACUUCGCGCUGCUAUAGAUGCAAAGUGUGAAGCUUUGACUUUGAAUGAUGAAAUACAAAGCAGAGAGUUGUCUCUACAAUACAAAGAGAAAAGAAUAGAGCAAGAAAGAACUCUACUAAAUUCUCAGAUUGCUGGUUUAACAGAAGAGGUCAACAGACUUACUUCUGAACUACAAACACUAAGAUUAAACAACACAAGCAGGCUAGUAAAUCUUGAGACACAAUUAGCAGAAAAAACUGAAGAACUCAAUGCAGCCAAUGAAACAAUUGCACAUCUGAAUGAAGUAAAGAAAAACUUGAACAAUCGAGUCGAAAAUCUUACACAACGUUUAGCUGAGCAGAGAGAAAUCGAAAACAAAAUGACCGAAAACUAUAAAAAAGAGUUAGAUGCAAAGUCUAAAUUGGCUGAUCUAUUUAAAUCUAUGCAUGAUGAUGCUGAGGCGAAAACUAUGGAGUUGACUGAUGGCAUUUCCGAAUUACAGAAAUUAUUAAAUGAAGCGUCUGAGAAAUAUGGUGAGCUAGAAACAAAAUACAAACAAGCUGAAAUGGAUCAUGAGGAAAUAUUAGAAAAGAAAAAUGAGGUUAUUGCUUCACUGAAAAGUGAAUUGGAACAUGCAAAUGACUUGUUGAAAGCAGCUAAUGCACAAAAUCUAGACAUGGCUUUGAGUGACUUAGCUCCAUCUGCAGCAACUGCAAGCAAACUGCUCAAGUCAGGCAUGUCUUUGACGCAAAUCUAUUCACAACUUGUCAAAGUAACAGAAGAACUAGCUCAGGAAAAAGAAGAAAAUCGACGUCUCAACAUAACCAUCAACACUAUUAUUCAAGAACUCGAGGAAAAAGCGCCGAUGUUACAAAAGCAAAAAUCUGAAUAUGACGAGGCAUUGGAAACCAACACGGCUUUGACCCAGCAAAUAGAAUCCCUUAUAAUAGAGUGUAACAGGCUUCGUGAUGAUUAUAGCGAGUCGUCUAAGAUAGCAAAUCAUUACAACCGUGAAAAUUCCAGAUUAAAAGGAGAGUUGGCUGAUUUAGGACGACAGGUUUGCUUCUUAUUAAAAGAAAUUGAGCAUAGCCGCGGAGGGUUGCCUAAUGGUGAUCAUGACUCGUCACAUACAGCAUCUAACGUGACAAAUUCAUCCGAUUCAUCUCGAAUCAUUUCAAAGACAUUGGUUACGUUUAGUGACAUUCAAGAACUACAAAGUAAUAAUCAAAAACUUUUACGUAUGAUCCGUGACUUAACAGAAAAACAAGAAGAAUUAGAACGCAAUAAGGAGCAAUUUGAGAGCGGCGAUAUGCAAAAUAAAAUCGAAACUUUGAAAAAUAGAGUUUCAGAAUUGACUGAUGCCCAAGACCGCCAGACGAAGAUGGUUAACGGUCUCAUCAGACAACGUGAUAUGUUCAAGAAGUUGUAUCACGAUCUUAUGAAAGGUAAACGCCACGAAGUGAGUUCUAUGUUUAUUGAAGGUGCUGAUUUGGGGAAAGGAGAUUCAUUUAUGAUGGAAUCUUCACCUGAGAAAACUUCCAAGGCAGCUCCAGCUGGCGUAUCUACAUAUGAGAUAAAAUAUAAAGAAACUGAAAAACAUCUAGAACUUCUAAAGGAAGAGUACAAAACCUAUAAAGAGGAGAAAAUGACUAAUGAAAGAAUGUUGUUUGAGCAAAUUGACAAUAUGAGGCAAGAAAUUGCAAAACUUACUGCAUCCAACAGCAAAAGUGCAUCUACAUCAGAAUACAAUAACGAACGACUUAAAAUAUUACAAACCAAUAUUACUACUUAUAAGAAGCAAAUAGCUUCUUUGGAAGAAAAGAACAAAGCUUACAAUGCAACUAUUGCUAAACACGAAGUAUCUCUACAACAUUUGAGAGAUGAAGCUUUAAAUGCACAGAGCAAAUUAGCUGCAGCUGAAAUUCAAGUAGAAAACUUGAAGCUGGAGUGUAAAUUACUUAAAGAUACAGAAGUACGUCUUCAAACUGAAAAAGAAAUGUUAAACCGUGAGAGACAGGGACAAUCAUUGCUAUUGAAGAAUUUGGAACUCAUAAAGGCAAGCUUGGAGCGAGUGGAAGCAGAAAAUCGUGCCAAAAUAGAAACAAGACUAGAUGAAGCUACGAGGGAAUGCUCAGCUUUGAGAAGACGACUUCAAGAAGAACAAGAUAGAUUUAGAGAAUUGGCGGCACACCUAGAGAGGCAAACAGAGACUGCAAAAUCUCGUAUGCAAGAAGAAAAAGACGCAGCGGAUGCGAUGAGAAAAGAAAUACAACAGUUAAGGCAAGACUUGAUUGAUAAAAAUAAGUCGAAUGAAGAACUGGCUAAGAAGCUCAAAACUGCCCUUUCCCCCAACACUGACGGGUCGUUCGAUACUGUAAAGAGGAUAAGAGAGCUAGAAAAUAAACUGUCGGAUAGGGAAAGUGAAAUAAAAUCUUUACAAGAGCAAUUGACUGUUGCCAAAGAACAUAUAAAACAAUAUUGCGAUAUAUCAGAAGGAGCAGAAAAGGAAUUGAAAACCUUACACAGUGAGUACGAAAAAUAUAAAACUGAAACAGAGGCAAAACUAUCUGAGUACAUGCAAAAAGUACAACAACUUGAAGAUAAAUGUUCUGAAUUAGAAACAGAACUGUCAUUGCAAGGUACUGGCGAACAUUCUAAUACUAAUACCACUCUGAGGACUGAAUUGACAAAGGCGAAAGAAGAGUUGAAGAAUGCCUUGGCUGACAUUGAUAGUUCUCGGUCUGAACUAGAAGAAGCUCGUUCGGAAAUAACGAAACUCUCAGAAGCUGUACAGAAAGCUGAAGAAAAAUACACUCAUGAAAUGAUACUGCAUUCUUCUGAUAUUCAAACGUUAUCGCAUGUCAAAGAAGAGUUUUCAAAAGCCCAAAAUCAAAUUAAUGAAUUAGUGGCAUUAAAGAAUAGCACAAUCGAGAAAUUAGAGAGUGCAACAACGUCAUGGGAAGAAAGACAAAAACUACUCACCAACGAAAAUGAACAACUUGCACAAAGAUUGAAGGAUUUAAAUGACCAGAAUGCAUUGUUACACGAUCAAAUCCAGGCUUUAGGCACGCAACUGUCCGUAAGUCAUGCUUCUAAAUCACGAUCAGAAAGCAUGAAUGAAUCUGCAAAUGAUUCUUCUAUUAUGAAUUUAUCUGCAUCUGAAGAGUCUUCGGAUCAAUUAUUCCAAGUUGUGAAAUUCUUAAGAAAAGAAAAAGAUAUUGCAAUGGCUAAGUUUGACAUUUUGCAAGCUGAAACAAUGCGACUAAAAUCUCAAUUGGAAAUUGCAGAGAAACAAUUGGAUGAUACUAAGUUGGCUUUGGCUGCUGAAAGAGAGAGAUCAGAAGUGAGCAUGGUGACAGUUAAUAAACAAUCUGAUAUCUUGAGGAAGGUGGAAACUCUGAAUGCACUGACAGAUAGCAACAGAAUUCUGAGAGAAGAACGUGAUACAUUAACUGCUCGCGUGGAAGAACUUUCUAUAUCAUUGAAAACAAUGGAAGAGCAACUUGGUCCGCUUCAAGAAAAGAUCAGUGAUCUGACAUCUAAGAAUGAUACACUGCAGUCUGAAAAUACUUCUUUGAAGGCUGAUUGUGCCAGGUGGAGAACAAGAGUAAAUGCUUUAGUGGAACGAGCUAACAAAACGAGUCCAGAAGAUUGGAAGAGACUGCAAAAUGAAAGAGAUGCUCUUGCUAAAAUGUUAACUAACGAGAAAGAAAAUGUUAGGAAGUUGAAUGAACAGCUUGGUGCUGUAAAAGUAGAAAGAACUAAGUUAGAAGAGCAGUACUCUACGUUGUCACGUCAGCAAAAUGCCAUAGUUGAAGAGAAUAAGAAACUGAUUGAAGAGUUACAAGUUGUUAAAGAAGACAUGACUCGUGUCACUGAAGAACUUACUAAGAUUAAAGCAGAGCUUGCCACUGCACUGGAAGCGAACACGAAAUUAUCGGAAGAACUUAACGCUGCCAACGUUUCUCUGAAUGAUAUUAGAAACAAAGAAAUGCAGAUUAGGAAAAUAGCUAAGAAAUACAAAGGUCAAUAUGAAGAGCUGGUGAAGGCGGUAGACGACGAAAAGAAAAAGACUGAAGGGGAACAGGCAGCUGCCAGCUCUGCAUUAGCGGAAAGUGCAAAGAAGGUAGAAGACCAACUAUCUGAGAUCCAAGCACAACUGGAGACAGAAAAAACAAAUAAUGAAAAACUUAAACAAGAGCUCGAAAGUCUUCGGACUGAUAAAGAGGACAAGGAGGAAAAAACUAAACAAGUAUUAAAGCAGGCUAAAUCUAAAAUAUGCCAGUUGACUGAAAGAAAUAACUCUUUGUCUCGUGAGUUGGAUGAGUCUCGUUCUAAGAUUGAAAACAUUGAGCAGAGUACUCGAGACGAGCAAGAUGUUAGGUUGGCACUCAUUAAGUCUCAGUAUGAGGGCCGCCUUUCCAGAAUUGAAAAAGAGCUGAGUGACGCUCAGGCUGAAAAAACGCGCGAAGUCGAGGCGUUAUUGCAGAAAGUCAAUUUACUGCAGAGGCAACUGGCCAGUCAAGCUUCGGCUUCUAAACAGCAGACUACCACUGAAAAGACUACUACAGAUCCUCCCACAGCUAACAUAAAACCAAUGGCAGGUGUAGCACAACAGAGCGUGACGCCGAGCCGGCGCGGCGGCGAGCCCCCGCUGGCGUCCAUCCGGCCGAUGGCGCAGGUGGGCCCCACGGCGCCGCACGACGCCCACACCACCGAGUACAUGCCCGCCUCCUCCUCACGCCCGCUGCCGCGCGCAGCCCUCGCCGCCACCACAGCGCCGCCCGAGUCCACACAGGAUAUGGAUACCAGUGAAGCUGGCAUGGGUAGCUCUGGCUCCAGUGACAGCACUGCGCAACCUUCGUCCCACUCACAAGACCCAAAACAGGCUGUAGCACUAGUGCUGCCGCGCAUCGAGCAGCCGAGCGGCACGAGCUCGGUGGGCGCCAGCGCGGCCGCCAGCUCCGCGCCCGCGCCCAGCGUGUCCAGCGCCGCCGCGCCCGCCGCGCCUGCGCCGCCCCACGCAGGGCCGGCAAGCAGCGCGCCCACAUCCGCGGCGCCGUCGCAGCCGUCGGCCAGCGUGAGCACGUCUCACGCGCCGCCCGGCGUGAGUACGUCUCACGCCCCACCGGGCGUGAGCACGUCUCACGCCCCGCCAGACGCGCGUCCGCAAAAGCGGCGUCUGCAACCCCGCCCGCUCGCCGCUAAGAGGACACGAGUUCAGGGUUUCGAACGUUCAGUGGAGGUAGAGUACCAAGUGCCAACGUCGUCCCGCUGUGACCAGGACGACGAGGGUGUCAUCGUGGUCGACUCGGAGGAAGACGACGAACGCUGCAGCGGCACCAUGUACAGAGAAGGAGAAGACGACGAUGAAGAUAUGGAGGAGGAACAGGAAGUGGAAGCUGGCGAGGAGGAGGAGGAAGGAGAGGAUGGAGAGAACAGUGCCCGCCAGGAUUCACCAGCGCAAUCUCCGGAGGCGGGCGCGGAGGGAGAGGAGGGCGCGGAGGGCGAAGAGGGCUCGCUGGGCGACAGCGGGUCGGGCGCGGGCGGCGAGGCCGACAGCGAGCCCGCGCCCGCGCCCACCGCGCAGAUCGAGGCCAUCAGCAGCGGCACGGAGCCGAGCGGUGCUCUGUCGCUAGGAGGCAACGGUGCCGAUGACGGUGAUGACAGCAUAGUUCCUUCCACGCCGACCCUCUAUGUUCCCAGGCGCACAGACGGGUUCGGCGAGGCGGUGGUGUCCCCGCUGGGCGGCGGCGGCGGCGCGCGGUUCACGUUCGCGGAGGCGGGCGCGGGCGCCGGCGCCGCCUCGCACCACGACACGCACGCCGACCUCGCCGCCGCGCUGCCGCCGCCGCAGCCGCAACCGCAACCUGAUAACCGUGGCGAGAGUUCGGAGACUCGCGAUUGGGAGGAGUCUCGCGGCGAAGAGGAGGCUCCGGCAGUCAGUUCACAAGGCAGCGAGCCUUCCUCCCCUCAUCAGGCACGUAUCUCUGCCAAUGAACAACAGCAGCGCCUGAUGGCGGAGGAAGGCCGCGAGGCGGAGGCGAGCGCGCCGCCCGCGGCCCCGCGCCGCGCGCCGCACCCGCCGCCGCACUCGCCGCAUCAGCGCUGGAUGCGCGCCGCCGACAGUGAAAGCGGACCGCGCGGACGUGGCAUGCGGUCUAGAGGCCGACCCCCACGAAGAUCGCACUACAUGAGGUUCUGAACGCGUCUAUAAUCAUUACCUUUUUACUUCCUAUUACAAUAUUUACUAUAUAAUACAUUCUCACAUAAUUAGUAUUUACAACACCCCUCAGAGGGAACUAUAUCCAAUAGAUAAGAUUCUCUUGGUGUGUGAUAUAAGUAAUUUUUAGUAUUCUUAAGAGUUUAUUGUGAUUUGUUUACUUUGAGGGAAUGAAUAGUGUAUGAGUAGUAUUCUUUGCAAAAUAAAUAUCAUAUAAAUGAUUAAGUUUUCAAAAUUAGGAAACGAUUUUCUUUUCAUUUGGCUACCUUUUUUCAUUUUAGAUAUGUUUUAUAUUAUAUAAAUUCAUCAGCAUAUUUCAUAACCGCUACAAUUGAGUAAAUAGACACAUUAAAAGUCAUUCAUUAUCAUAAAAAAUAGAUGUAAGUGAAACAUUUCCAUAGAAAUAUAAUAAUUGACAUUGAUGUAGAAUUAUUGAAUAAUAGUAUU